AUGCAGGUGCUCAUUGCGGCCGUCCAGCCGGAGGUGGUCCAAUGGCGGCGCUACCUCCACCAAAACCCCUACGUCGCCUAUCAGGAGGAGCCGACGGCCGAUUACGUCGCGGAGGUGCUCAAGAAGAUGCCCGCCCCGCUGGUGAUUCAACGCCCGACGCCCAACAGCGUCGUGGCGGAUUUGGAAGGCACCGCGGCCGGGGCGGAGGAAGGCCCAAUGUACGCCCUCCGCGCCGAUAUGGACGCCCUCCCUUUGCAGGAGGAGAGCGGCGUCGCGUUCAGCUCGCAGCGACCAGGGGUGAUGCACGCGUGCGGGCAUGACGCCCACACCGCGAUGCUGCUCGGCGCCGCGAAGGUGCUUUGUCAGGUGCGGGGGCGGAUUCGGGGGCGGGUGCGGUUUAUCUUCCAGCACGCCGAGGAGGUGAUCCCAAGCGGGGCGAAGCAGUUGGUGAGUUUGGGGGUGUUGAAUGGGGUGAGUAUGAUAUUUGGGUUGCACGUCGCGGCGGAGUACCCCGCGGGGAAGAUCGUCUCGCGCUUGGGGACGCUCUACGGCACGUGUAACGAUUUCGAUAUCAUCAUUCGCGGGAUCGGCGGGCACGCGUCCAAUCCGGAGCUCUGUGUGGAUCCCAUUCUAGUCGCGUCGGAGGUGGUUACUAACCUCCAGACCGUGGUUUCACGCCGCGUGAGCGCGCUGAAGGCGCCGGUGCUUAGUAUCUCCACAUUCGUGGGCGGUACGGGGAGCUAUAACGUCAUCCCUGAUUCCGUUCAUCUGCGCGGCACCCUGCGCUGUUUGGAUCGCGAUGUUCAAGAGCGAGUGCCCGCUCUGAUGGAGGAGAUUAUCGCCGGGAUCACCAAAGCGCAUGGUGCCGGGUAUGAACUCAGCUGGCUGGUGCCGAACAUCGUCACCUAUAACGACCCCAAGGCGUUUGAUCUAGCCAUGAGCGCCGCCGUUCGACUUGUGGGGGAGGCUAACGUUAUCAAGGAGGAGUCCCCACACAUGGGGGUGUCGGACUUCUCUGAAUAUCAGACCAUAAUACCGGGUUGUUUAUGUUUGCUGGGGGUGGGGGAUAUGGAUGGGCAAGGCGCUUACAAUCACAACUACAGCUCCCGAUUUCGAAUGAAUGAAGGUGCAAUGGAAAUAGGUGUCAAGUUUUUUGUUUCCAUGAUUGCACACCUCCUCAUGCAAACUGAGACGUCAGCAAACUCGUCUUGA